GUACCGCUGGCUCUAUGCAACUGUACCGUGGCCGUGAUCUUGCUUCCCAAGUAACGAAGGAGACGUUCAGUCCUAGGACGUAAGAGUGCAAAUCGUAUUCCAUUCCGCCAUCAAUGGCAGCCAGGAAAUCUGCCCAAGAAAUUCUGGCCUCUUUAAGAAACGAGUCGUUCUCUGUCGAGACUGAUAAAAAGCUAGCAAGCCAUACUGUCGUCCAGGAAGCAAGCUCUGGAACACUCCCUCUCGCAGUUGUGGAACGACUUCUCUGCGAACAGUAUCACAUAAUAGCCUCUGACACUCGAAGCAUGGAGCACCUAGUAGCCAGGUUCAACACCAACGAGAUCAUCCGAGAGUAUUUCCAGUACUUUUUGACAGGCGAGAAGAUAGCUUUCGCCAAGCUGCUCAGCAUGGCAAAAGCUAUUAAGCUUUCAGAUUCACAUCUGGAAAGUUACGAGCCUCGGGCCGAAGCGCAAGCUUAUCCGUCGUAUCUGUGUCGUCUUGCAUAUUAUGGCGAAGCUCCUCAGAUCGCAGCAGCUAUAGCAGUGAAUUUCCCCGCGUUUGGACGGACGUGUUCGCGUCUCGCAGAUGCUCUGAAAAGGAACUACCACAUGAAAGAAGAAGACCUGGAGUUCCUUCGAUUCUUUGAUAGUGGGGAUCUAGACGAUGGCGCUGUAAAGGUGAUCGAGGCUUAUAAUGCAGAGAUUGAUAAAGGGACAUUCAAGGAAGUUCAUUACAGUGAGAUCAAAUGUGCAGUUCGUCUACUGCAAGCUUAUGAAGUGAUGUUUUGGGACAGCGUUUACUCUGAUCCUUAGAUCUCGUCAUUCAAACUUUACUAAAUGCUUUUGAAUUGGUCUAGAUUGCUCUCGCGAAGCGACAGACUGCAUAAAAUGUAUGUGCAUCAGUGAAAUGAGUGCAAGUUUGUUGUUUGUUAUAUUACUACAAUUUAUAGCAGUUGGUAAAGAAAACAAAAAUAUAUAUGCAAAUGAUAAGGAUACCUAAUAAGAACAAUUACAGUUUGUAAGUUUAGGUUCUCUCACAAGCAGUGCAAGAUAGAUAAGGAUAAUUUUCUCUCUUUCUUUUCUCUUUGGUGACGUUCCUCUGAUGAAGCGGCUUGUUUUCUUUUGGCAGAAGUUUGUGUACUCCUGUCACAGUACGGAAUCCCGCAAACCUCAUGCACAAGGUAUGCAAAUCAUGAUGAGCAGAAUUAUGCAAUAGAAUAAACCCUCGACUAACGUAUUAGACACCGGCAACACCGCCAUCAAAAGUAGUUUACACAAGGAAAACUUAAAUUAUUUUGCAAUUCCUUAUGUUGCAAAUAGCUGGAAGGGACACCCGCGAAAUGUUCGGCUUCCCCAAAUACGAAAUCAUGGGUAACAAUCGCAAAUCUAGUCCAGGACAGAAAUAUCACUUGUUCUACAUUUUUAUCAUAAUAAAAAUGUUAAACUG